UACCCAUCCUCCGUGCUAUCGUCAUUGGUGGCAUGGACGGGAAAACCAAUUGCCUGGCUACCGUUACCUUCGCGAGCGUCUGUAGAUUAUAACAGUUUUCCACAUUCGAAAUGUUUUCCACCGGGCCUUGAAUCAAUCCCACAAAUAUUACUCACAUCUUGAGCAUUAAUCGUCUGCAAGCAAACUGCCGCUUCUCGCGCUCUUGUGAGGAUUCCUACGUCAGCUAACAAGUUUUGCUCCUGUAAACAAAAUGGCGGACAAUGAAGACGAUAAUAAUUCAGCGUCCAAAUCUGCAGCAGCGAAAAUGGAAAACCUCGACGCGAGCGGGUCUCUCCCGCAGCCCGAGACGACACAAACCGCAGCCGAAGCGGGAAAUAAUCAAGAAGACGCAAGCAAGACGCCGUCCGCCGCAGAAGGGGGCGUUGAUCAAGGCCUCGCCGAGUUAAUGCACACCGAGUCGGCGGUGGAUGUCAGAGUUGUGGACGGUAAUGUUACCCAGGAGGUGAUCGGGCAAAUCGUGAGCGGUGAAGUGAUAACUGAUCCGAAUAUCAUAACGUCUUACGUUCACGCCACCGCAGAGGCAGGUAUGACUGCUGAAUGCACCACUGUAAGCGGUGAAGUCUUAAACGCUCUUGCACCGACGACCACCAUCAUUUACGUGCAGCCCGACGGCAGCUUUGUGGAGAGCUCAGGGUUAUCGGCCGAGGAGCAGCAGCAGUUAAUCGAGCAAUUGGCGAAACAACAAUUGGUCCAUGUGGCAGGUACUGAGACAGUUGUGAAACCCUCCACUUCCCCUAUUGUGGACGUGCAGCAGGUUAUAGUGAGUAAAGCACAGGUCAUUGCCCAGGCCGAGCCGGCUACAAGUCAUACAACGACCCCAAAAAUAUUGCAGAGGACUGUCACGACGCAGCCGACGUCCUACAUUGCGCUGGACUCCAGUAACUUGCAGUUGGCGACAGCGAUCCAGCCGCAGCCGGUCAGUAUCGUGCAGAACGCGUCGCAGCAGCUGCAGAGCGUCGCCAAACAAGUCGCGCUGCAGCAGUCGCAGAAUGGAGCCCACACGACCACCCAGAAGGCAGCUGAGCCCAUCCAAAUUCAAGUUCAGGCACCUCUGAAGCAAGAUAAUAAACAACGGCAGGCAACUCCAAUAACAAUUUUACAGCCGCAGAAUCUGUCAGCCAGUCAGCCGCUGGUGAAGGUUUCAACCGUAGGAACAUUAAGCACCCCACAGAUCAUCCACAUCACCCCUGUGCCUGGACAGCAGCAAUAUUUCUUACAAAACCCAAACGAUCCUCCUAUUCAGCUUCUCCUUCAGAAACCAGCUCCUGUUGUUAGCACCAUUUCUGUCCCCAUUAGCAAGGUACACGUCCCUGCACCCGCCACAGUCAAGAGUCCACCAGCCAAGCCAAUAGUUCCUCCCCCAAAGAUCCUAGUGCCGUCUCCGAAAGUUUCAUCACCUCCAGCCAAGGUAACAAUUCCAUCCAAAGUCAUUACUGUAGAAACAAAAACUGCUACUCCAGCCGUUGAAAAGGAGACGCAGAAAGUUAAAAAUCGCCAGAAGAAACCUCAGAAAAUCCAGACCAGAUCUGGUCGGGUGUCCAGACCACCUAAGCACAAGGUGAAAGACUACAAGUUCAUUAAGAACGAGGACUUGGCGGAAAGCCACCAGUCAGAUUCAGAUGACUACUCUGAGAUAAGUGUGGAGGAUGAGGAAGGUGAGGAAGGCAAGAAGAAGACCUCCGACGUGACACUCAACCUCCGUGACAAAGCCUUUAAAUGUGAUACCUGUGAGAAAUCGUAUAUUGGUGUUGCCGGUUUGAACAGACACUAUAAACUAAAUCCCACACAUGAUAAGAACCCAACACCACCUCAAGCAGAAGACCUCUCCAAAACUAGAGACGAACAACCUUCGGGAACGGAAGUCACCGAUACUAGUCAAGUUAAAACACUCAACACUCAAAAAGUUCAAGAAAUUGGGAAGGUAGAACCUAGGAGACCUGGGCGGCCCAGGGGACCAGGACGGCCUGGUCGUCCUAGGAGGCCCGGGCGGCCACCUAAAAGAGGACGACCAGGACGGCCACCCAAGUACCCCAGAGGAAUGAGCUUGGAGCAGCAAGCACAAAGACAGAGGAAUCGACUAAAAGAAUUUAUUAAACAGUAUGAUGAUGAAGAUCUCAUGGAGAUUGUUCUUCCACGUCUGGCCAGAGUCAUGACUGUAUGGGAGUUUGUGCUGAUGAAGGUGGAAAAGGGCUACCCAUCAAAGCAACAGUUCCCGAGCGUGUACCAUGAAUUUGAAGAACUACACAGCCAGGUGAAGAAGAUGGCCCUGGAAUAUUUGCACACUUCACCAGCCUCCCGGCCAGCUAUAGAGGUCAACAACAUGGGAGUUUUACAAUCUUUGGGUAUAACUGAUCCCAAUGCACUAAAACUCCUAACUUCCUCUGAAGGACAACAAAGUCAAAAGACAAAUCAGUCUGAACCACGAGCAAAUCAGGCCACCAAGAGCCUACGGAGUAUUGAGAAUGCCAAAAUGCUGCCUCCUGCGAAAAGGUUCAAAAUAGAAAACUGCAACGAAGAAACCAACGGCUAUCAAGUCAAUCAGAAUGGCAUCCAGAAGGACGAGAGUGUUGAUGGCUCUAUGCUGCGGAAGCCUCAGGUGGUGCUGACCAGACUGGAGAACUUGACUUCUGUAGAUCUAACCUCCGAAGAUGCUACAGAGAUCGCUGAAAGCGUCAUCCCGGAGAGGACAGAGGAAGAACCCAUGGAGACGGAAGUGCCUUCUUCGGAUUCAGAAGCCACAAAAACCGCAGAAGAUCCAGAGAUCUCCAAGGUUCUGAACAACAACAGCACAGUCGUAGUCGAUAUCGUCGAUCAGAUGCAACAGCUAGAAGAAGCUCUGAGCACAGACUCAGAGUUAAAGAACUCGCAAGAACCUGCUCAACAAGAGAUUCAAGACGGUCAGACUGAUGCUGUUGAAGAUCCCGAGGUCAGUCAGGUGGUCCAACAAGAAUCUCCAGUUAUUAUCCAGACAGCUGAGGGGCUUGUCAUGCAGAGCGCAGAAGAGUUAGCCGCUAAAGGCAUAGUCAUCGUCAACGGGCCCGAUGGCACCAUGAUGCACAUCGAGGCACCUGAAGGCGUUCCUUUAGAGACCGUUCAUGCCCUGCUAGGCAUUGAAACUGAACGAAAGACCUAACGGAGUCACAUCCUCACUUCCUGUCCAUUAUUCACACCAUACAUACGUUCUAUCUGUGUCAUGGUGUUUUUUCAAUGAACUUUUAUUGCAUUCUUUGUAAAUUUGUAUAAAAACAGUAUUAUUAUAUAUUAGUGUUUUUUCUGUUUAUACAAAACGAAGUCAUUGUUCAUUUCAAAUUUUAGAGGACGUUCACUUAUGUUGGCAUAUCUUAACUUGGUUUUGGAGUCCGUGACUAUGUAGCUGCGUGAUGACAUGGUGGGAAAUACUUGUGACAACACACUAAAUUGUGGAGGGAUUGCUGGAAACUGAUUCUUUCACAACAUGCACAGAUGGGAGAAAAGAAAAUACUAUCUGCCAAAACCAAGUUAUGGACUCCAGCAAGGUUCAGUAAAAGCUGUGGUAAGACUUUUGUGAUUACUGUGUCCACUUAGUUGGCCAUCCAGUGAAACCUGUACAUAACCGUUCCUUUAUGUUAGAAAGGCAGGCUGUAGUUAUAAUACAGUUUCAAUUGGUACCCCAUGGCAUUUUAUUUAUUCAAACAUUUUUUGUUUGAAAAUGAACCCUUAGACUGAAAAAUGGUCGAUCCCUGAAGGUUUGACCUUAAAACAUGGUAUUUUAAGAUGUCUUGUAUAGAGGAUGUUUCAGUUUUGAUACCUGGCCACUCCAAACAGUAAAAAAAAAAAAAAAAAAAAAAA